UUUGUCUGCAUUGGUGGGAGCCCCAAGACAAUGAAAGAGUUUGCAGUGUUUAUACACAGGGAGCUGGGAUUGGAGGACAGUAGAGAGGACAUGAAGGAUGUCUGAGCUCGGACAGACAGAUAUUGCAUGCACAAAACUGAUCCUGUGUCCUCCAUUGGUCUAAGUACUCAAUGGUUGCCCUUCAGGGCUGUAUUCCGAAACAAUAGCUCUGUGUCUGUCAUGUGUCUGGACACUGCAGCCCUCCUGAAGGGCACAGCCAGGCAUGCCAGAGGGCCAGGGAAGAGUCCACUGCAGACGUGUAACACUGCUAAGGAGCGGACCCAUCUGCAGCUCCUGCACCAGAGAAUAGCCCUCAUCCGUCAAUCACCUGAUAGUCCCUGGAAUGAAAUAACCAUCGAUUCAAAACUCAGUUCCAGCUCCUACAAAUUCCAGCUCAGACGAUCUUUCUGGAGAGUUAUUAGAACAUACUGUAACUCCCAGGAAUUACUAAAUCCUCUAAACUAUCUUGACCCCUAUUCUGGUGAUACUGAUUUUAUUGUAGCAAAUGCUGAGGAAAAUAAGGGUUAUGGUCAUGAACAUGGCAUUGGCAUUCCCUCUAUUUCUAUUAUGCUUAUGCUUCAUGAACUCAUCAAAUUACUGCACCAUGCCUGGUGCUGUAAUGUUACCAUUAUCAGAAUUGGUACAUCAGGGAGAAUAGGUACUGCCCUGGGGUCUGUUGUAAUAGAAGGUGCAGCCACAGACUCCUUCCUUGAUCCCUGGUUUGAAUAGGUAAUCUUGGACAAUAUCACUACCUGAACUGCUAAACUUGACAAGGAACUGGCCCAGGAGCUCCUCAGCUACAGCAAGGGAAUCCCCUUCCCAGUCCUCAUCAGACAUGUGAUGUGUACCUAGGAUUUUUAUGAAGGUGACAAGAAGCCAGGUCAACUAGACGGAGCAUUGUGGUCCUUUUCCAGAGAAGAAAAGUUACAUUGCUUGAAGAGAGCAUAUAAAGCCAGAGUGCAAACUACUGAAAUGGAAUCGGCAGUGUUUGUGGCUGCGUGUAGAUUUUGUGGUCUGAAAGCUCCUGUGGUCCAGGUGACACAGCUUGACAGACUUAAAUGUGACCAGCUUCGCUUGCUCCAUGAGCAAUAG